CAGUUGCCCCUGAACUUGAGACGCCCCGCUAUUUGCGCUUUCCCAUUGGAAGACUUUGAAAGAGGAAGUGAAAGAGCUCAAAAAGAACGCAAGAACAGCAGCAUCAACCACUUAAAAAAAAUUCUUCUGCGGGCGGGCGCUUGCAACUCGGGAAGCUUCAGAAGCGCUGGCUUUGCGGCGUGCCUGUGUGUUAUCGCUGCCGCCACCGCUCUCCCUUCUCCAGUGCGCGCCUGCAGCUGGGAGCGGAGUGAGAGGAGGCGGCGCUGUGCAUGCUGGGCUCGGAUCAUGGUGGGGCUUUGCAGUAUAGGAAGCAAGGCAGGAAGGACUUGAACUAGCGUGCAGCAGCAGCGGCCGCCGCCGCCGGCAGCCGUACCCGAGACAGAGGAGCUGCGCGUUGUGAGGGUCCACGGCUGCCUAGAGGGAUUGGAGCCAGGGUGAAGGAGGAGACAAAAGUCCCGUAGGCAGAGGCGGGACGGGGCUGUAAGGGAGGUGGAACCGGGGGAGGGGGACCUUUGGAACCGCUCUCUGCCCCCUUCCCCAGUUGCUGGGGGUUUUCCCUCCCCGCUUUGCAGGAGGAAGCCCCCCUUUCGCGGAUCUGACUGAAGGGGGAUAGGAAAGGGGAGGGGAAUCCCCCCCAUCCCUCUUUUGCAAAGGGACGCCUCGGUUCUUUUGGCUGUGGUGGUUGCUGUUGGCUUCUUUGGAGGCAGCGGGGAAAGGGAAAGCGGAGCCGAUCUGGGCGCCGUCGCCGCCAGCAGCACCAACAGCUCCCGCCGCCGCCUCCCCAUUCCCGGGAGAUGGUGACAUAUGAAGCGCGCUGGAAGGACCAUGGUUGAGCGGAACAGCAAGUUCCUGCUGAUCGUGGCGGGCUCCGUGUGCUUCAUGCUGAUCCUGUACCAGUAUGUGGGGCCGGGGCUGAGCCUGGGCUCGCCGAGCCUCCGCUCGUACCAGGACGAGUUGGACCUCUUCCCCACGCCGGACCCGCACUACGUGAAGAAGUACUACUUCCCCGUGCGGGAGCUGGAGCGCCAGCUCGCCUUCGACAUGAAGGGCGACGACGUGAUCGUCUUCCUGCACAUCCAGAAGACGGGCGGCACCACCUUCGGCCGCCACCUGGUGCAGAACGUCCGCCUGGAGGUGCCCUGCGACUGCCGGCCCGGCCAGAAGAAGUGCACCUGCUACCGGCCCAACCGACGGGAGACCUGGCUCUUCUCGCGCUUCUCCACCGGCUGGAGCUGCGGGCUGCACGCCGACUGGACCGAGCUCACCAACUGCGUGCCGGGCGUGCUGGACAAGCGGGAGAGCGCCGCCGCCAAACCUCCCAGGAUUCAGUUUCAUGAAGAUGUCGACCCAGUGUGCUGCAGCUGUGAAAAAAGGAAGUUUUAUUACAUCACUCUGCUGAGAGAUCCUGUAUCCCGUUACCUCAGUGAAUGGAGGCAUGUCCAGCGAGGAGCUACCUGGAAAACUUCCUUGCACAUGUGUGAUGGCCGGACACCAACUCCCGAAGAGUUGCCAUCAUGCUAUGAAGGCACAGACUGGUCAGGCUGUACUCUUCAGGAGUUCAUGGAUUGCCCAUAUAACUUAGCCAACAAUCGCCAAGUGAGGAUGUUGGCUGACCUGAGCUUGGUGGGUUGCUAUAAUAUGUCCUUCAUACCAGAAAACAAGCGAGCGCAGAUACUGCUGGAAAGCGCCAAGAAGAAUCUCAGAGACAUGGCCUUUUUUGGCUUGACAGAGUUCCAGAGGAAAACACAGUACUUGUUUGAGAGGACUUUCAAUCUGAAAUUCAUCAGGCCGUUCAUGCAGUACAACAGCACAAGGGCAGGUGGAGUGGAAGUGGACAACAACACCAUACGGAGGAUCGAAGAACUUAAUGACUUGGACAUGCAGCUGUACGACUAUGCAAAAGACCUUUUCCAACAGCGAUACCAGUACAAGCGGCAGCUGGAGAGGAUGGAGCAGAGGAUAAAGAAUCGGGAAGAGAGGCUUCUUCACCGGUCUAAUGAGGCACUUCCCAAGGAAGAAACAGAAGAGCAAGGACGCUUGCCUACAGAGGACUACAUGAGCCAUAUUAUAGAAAAGUGGUAGCCUUGACAGACUUUUAUACUGAGAACAGGAUUUUAGGGUUUCCAUAAUAAAAGAACAUGGAAUUAAAAACAUCUCUUAUUUAAAAAAAAAACACCACAGUCUGUAAAACAGAAGGUAGAAUGCUUCUAUAAACAAAGAGUCUUUUUACUGUUUCUUAUAAGACCAACUGGGUUUUAAUAAAAUAAAAUAAAACAAAAAAAAUUAAGGAAUCAAUCCUAGAGAGCUCAGAGUUUAAAAUGCACAAGUGUAGGUCCCGCAGCUCUGAUGCCAAAUACAGUGUAAUGUUUCGUAUCCUCCUAGAUGCAAAUCUAGAGUGGCUUUGAAACCACUCUUCUCCCUCUGCAAGGGUAAUUUGAUCUUCAAAACUGUCAAUGUUUUCUCCCUUGCACAAGUAAGGUUUUCAGUUGUGAAAGUCAUAAUAAAUGGCUGUGAAUUUGCUAGACAGUGACUUCACCCCUUCGGUUUCAGCUGCUUGGCUUCGAAUGGAAACCAUGGUGAGAAAGAACAACAUCAAAACAAGCAAACAGAGAAAAAGAAAAAUUUAAGCAAACAGAAUUCAGCCUGGACCGCAUAUCAAGCACAGACGUUUGGAUACAUGACACUGGUGACUUGCAUGCACACACUCACACUCCUACACACUGCAAUACCACAACUAGUGGAUUUGUGCACAAAUAUUCUCAGCUUUUGCCUUGCAGGCAGUUACUCAGCUGCUAACUAAAUCCCACUUAAAAUCAAACAUGGGUGAUCUUUUCACAUAUUCACAUACAUAUCUGUUCCUAGAGAUAGCUUGGAGGUGCACCAAUCCCUCACAUUUAAAAGGAGAUGGUCUGCUGAGACCAUGAUGUUCCCUGAUCAUCUCAUUGUUGGUUGAUUUCCUGCUUGUGUUUGCAUAUGCUUCAAAACACCCUUUGCUUCCAGUGAGGGCAUUUUAUUUAAUUAGACACAGAUAUUACACAUACAAAAUGGUCAUUGUUUGGCAUUACAUGUUGUCAUCAGCACCAGUGAGUGCUAUAGAGUAAAGGUUGUGUGCUUUUAAGUAGGGCGUCACUUAAGUAUUCAACUAGGCAGCAGCUCCAUUGAUUUCAAUGGGAUUUAGAUGCAACUAAUGUUUGCUGGAUUGAAUCCACCAGCUGUAGAAAUGCUGCUUUGUUGAACUUAAGAGGCAAUAUUGCGUACCACUGUUUUACAGAACAGGCACAGUCUGCCUGGCCUUUGUCUUUUUUAACAAAGCAGUAACAUUUGAAAAACUGGGCAUCUUGACUGAUCCUCUGCUUCAGGCUCUGUCUGAUGUCAUUUACCAGCCUUUAAUACCCACAAUAUUCCUUUUCUUUUUUGCACCAUGUAAGUUUUGUGUGGAGAGCAUCCAGUGAUAAUUUGAUCUCCUUCAUCCAAAGCUUGUUUCUUUCUUUGCUAAACCUUUCCAGAAGAGUUAGUCUAAAAAAGGGGAGGAAACCUCACACAAAUUGUGUUUGCCGCCUUCUUUCUCUGUUAUUACUUACCCCCUAGGAUGUAAAUGGCUAGGUUGUUGAGAAAGUCUGAAUAAGCUGGCACCAGGCUGAUACUCAAAAGAUGGACUCAGCAUAUCACUGGAAAUGUAGAAUGAGAGGUUGAUAUACAGCACUGAUGUUUCCCAUGACUUCUAAUUGAUUUCACUUCUCCUAGCCUACUGUUGUCUGCACAGUUGCCAAAGCUUUGGUUUUCAAACUGCGGCAUGCUUUUUUCCCAAGAAGGAGGGAGGUCAUGUCUCUUGUAUAGAAGCCUGCCUGAUUUAAACAUAUAGUUUGCUAUGUCUAAGUAUUCUCAGAGGCCAGUCAAUGAAAAGGGCUUGGAAUGAUAUGGAAAUAAAAAUCCAGUUAAAAUCCAACUCCUUACAGGGUGAUUGAAAAACCGGCCCAUUUGUUUCAGUGUUUAUCUGAUCGGCCCAAAUGCCCAAGUGCUCCUAAUUACUCACACACUGAAAGACACACAAGUUCUUAAGUACUUUGCCAGUUCUUUCUGUCAAUCACUGCUAGAGUUAUCCCUUGUAUGGGCCUGGCAUGCUUCUAUGAAGAAGGCCUUCCUGUUCUUUUGAGUGUGCACAGCUGGCCAGAAAUAUGCACUUGAGGUUUAGGCAAGGAAAACUUAUCUCAUCCUAGGAAUUUCUUAAAAAAACAUUAUUUUGGGGUGUGGGGUGGACUGCAUGUUAAAAAUCCUACAUUUGGGAACGAAUGGGAGUUUGCUAAUUCCCAGGACGCCCAUACAAUUCUGUAACUAAAACCCCUUUUAAAAAGUGCUAUUUAACAUUCUCUUUUCCCACAAAAUGUAUGUGCGCUAUAAAGAAGCAGCUGUUCUAUAUGCAGAACAUGUAGCUUUACCUAGAGGCUUUCUGCUGUGCAUUCAUACUUAUGGAUCUAUAAUAUAAAAAUGAUUGCAGCAACUAAUCCAUAUUCAUAGUGUGAAUACUGGAGAGCCUGCUGUGUUAUACUUUGUACAAUUGUUAGCAGGUUCUGAAGGCCAAAAUCUGCUUCCGCAUAUUGUGUGGUCAAGGAUAAAAGCUAAGUAUUUAUUUGUUGUGUCUAAAUUUAAUUUCCACAACAACCUGAAUGAACCUUAAUGGAUCUCCCUGUGGGUACCUUAGACCUCUAGGAAUGUCAGCAGUAGCUUUUCUCCAACUUUUUCUAUGUGUAACAUUGUUUUAACAAUAAGCUAAGGAAAUAAAACUACUGAAUAAUGUUUUAUCAGCUUCACUUAAAUCUGCCCAAGGAAGGUGAAUGGGUGUGUGAUCUUUUGUGCUUAGAUCUUGAUUACUUGAGCUGUAGGGGUUGGGGGUGAGGCUCUCAAUGUCAGGUCCCAGCUCUGCCAAUUUAUCCCCUUCACCUGAAUUUUCUUAUAUACAAAUCAGAAGCAUUGAUCUAAGCCCAUUACAAAGACAUUUACUAGUAGGCAUGUCAUAUUUCUUUGGACUGAAACAUUUAGGUUCUGUGGAAGGAACUCAGGAUAAGAGGCAAAGAAGCUGUGAUAGUGUAGGAAGCCAAGAGAAACGGGCCCAAGGUGUCCUCUAAAUUAACCCAAGGGCUGAGGAGAAAAGAGUGUGGUAGAGUUUUGCUCUGACAUCAAAUGGCUUUUCUUUGGUGGCUUUUUAAGAAAACUCUUUAACAUAAUGGGAAUAUACUUUACUGUCAUUUAUAUUGACUUGUUACUUGAUGUGAUCCCCAGAUGUUUCACGAAUACAGUAAAAUUAAAACAGGGUGCAUCGUUUUAAAUUUGCUGCACGAGAAUUGCUUCGUUAGACUUCAAUGGGUCUCAAACAUUUUUGGAGACGGUGUUCCACCCUUCCACUUUCCAUGUCAUUUGCUGAAGUUUUCCUAUCUUGACAGCAACCACAUAUAUACUACAACGUCUGUAGGCCACAGAAAAACACUUCCAGCUGCACACACGGUUCUUCUCCCGUAGUGCUCAAAGCAUUCUAGGGAUUGCAGCCCUUAGACUUUAAACAGAAGAGGGUUUUGAAGUGCCAGCCGUUUUGAAGAGCAAGGGGUCAAUGAAAGGGCUCUGAGGGAACUAAGGAGGAGAUAGAGCAGACCCCAGCCUAGCAAAGACUUUUUCAUAACACAAGACGUAUUAGAUGCCUUUCAAAUCUGCCAUAGUUGCAAGUCUUUUUCCAGAAGAAGUAUCAUUAGGAAUGCUUUCAGGUGAGUAGCAAUACUGGAUGAAGGUGAAGGCAGCUUUCUCCAGCAAUGGGAGUACCAAACAGAAAAGCUGGAGAUGAGGAAUCCUCACAAGUAUUAAGUAGCCUGGAGAACAAAUUAGUGCUAAAUGUUCCUUUUCUUGGUGUGUGUCUUUCUUUUGCUCUGGUGGCCUGCACUGAUUCUUGUGUCCUUAUACAAUAGGGGGAGCCCACAUGGUGCCCUCCAAGUGUUGUUGAAUUCCAGUUCCCAUCAGCCUCAGCCAGCAUGACUAACAUUCAAAUCUGAUAGGAGUCCAACAACAUCUGUAGGACGUCAUGUUGGCUGCCACUGUUAUAGGGGAUGAGACAAUGGCUCAUAGUCAUGAUAAACAGAUCUUCCAGGUUCAGAGGCAGUCUACCUCUGACUAUUAUUAGCACUCUUGGGCUGUUGACUUAAUGUCCUGCUUGCGGGCUUCUCAGAAGCAUCUGGCUGGCCACUGUGGAAAACAAGAUAGUGGACUUGAUGGACCAUUGGUCUCAUCCAUCAGGGUGGUUCUCAUGCUGGUAAGCAGGGGUGUAGUUAUCCAGGGACUUGGGGGGGGGCUUAGACCCCUUACUUUUUUGGGACCAGGCUCCCUAUGUCUUCAGCAUUCUAUGAGCCAAUCAUGUUUUUAACAUGCUUCGUUAUCCUUUCCUGCUGAUUAGAGCCAAUCAGAGUGAAAGGAAGUGAGUCAGCCACUGAGAAGACUCUUCUUAGUAGCUAACAUUCUUCCGUUUCAUGAUGAUUUGCUCCUAGGGGCGUCUGUUGUUGUGGGAAAAGAAUUAACAAGGAUCUAAUUCUCAACCCAGCAACAAAAAAGGGGAUAGGAGGGGUGUGGCUGUAACUAUCAUGAAAGGACUCUGCACUUAUGAAUUUGCCACUACACUACUGCUGCUAAGAAACUGCAACCUAUGGGGACUGGCACAGGCCCUUGAGGUAUGUGCAGAACACCUAGAUGUGCCCUAUCAAUGUCGUGGCACUUGUGUGAAUAUCUUCUUCCACUGACCCACCAAAUAUGUUUAAAUGUAAAUAGUACAUUCGGUAUCAGUAGAAAAGUUUGAUUUCAUAGAAGUUUCCCCUUGGCUGUACAGAGGAUGCAGGUUUCCAGACCAUGAAAAAUCAGGCACCUUGAUUUUCAUCUUGAAAAGCAUAGAGUAAGUAACUGAUGCUGGCUUGAAAAUCAUUUAUGUAAAAGCCAGUGUCUUUUUGUCACACUCUUGUGUGACCAAGAAACUAAACGGGGCUGAACUGAUGAAGGUCCUUAGUUAUGUCAUCUGAUGUGGGUCCAGUUCUUCAGGCUUCUCCCUUACAAUGGCACUCAGAAGGCAGUGGCUGGGACUGUUAACUGGAAAGUUCUCAGUCCUAGACUCUGCAUCUAUCACCAAGCCAAAUAGCCUUUUCUCCUUCUACCUUCCCGCAGGAGGAAUCCAUCUGUGCAACAAGCAAAUCAAGGCAGAGGAGGUCCAUGCAAUAUCAGAUUACUAUGCAGCCUGGUAAGCUAUGGGCCUCACUUCCUCCUGGGUCUAGCGCACAAGCUGAGUGUUAGAGCAGAUGCAGGAUAAUGGCAAUUCCAACACACACACUCUAACUAGCAGAACAUGGGAGAAAAAAGGCCACCGGGUUCCUAUGGGUCUCGAGCUGAGCAAAGGCACUGACUUCGGAAGUGGCCAUAGACCAAUGGCAGAGCACAUGCUUUGCAUGCAGAAGGUCCCAGGUUCAACCCCUGGCAUUUCCACUUCAAAAAAAAAAAAAGAUGGUGAUGUGAAAGACCUCUGCUGGAGAGCUGCUGCAAAUCAGUGUACACACUAGUGAGCUAAAUGGACCAAGAGUCUGAUCUGCUAUAAGUUCUUUCUCAUAACCUGCUACAUUCCUUCUUCACUCUACCAGCAUUCUUGCUAGCACACGUCUGCUUUGAUCCAAGGAAGAAGGUGUUGCCUGUAAGGCUUUUGUAGCAACCUUGGCCUAGCUCCUGGGUGGAGGGAAGGAACUAGGCCAACCUAUGCACCCACCCUGACCUCAUGGAUUGCUUGAUGUCUCCACCCUGGCAGCCUUGAUAGACAUCUGUCUAAUAUUGUUACAAUUUGGGCUGCAGACUUGAAACUGCUAAUAGGGAUUUUUCUGGGAACUAUGGGUGGUUUUAGGGUUAAAGCCUUCAUCACAAAUUAUGCAGUCAAGUCUCCUGCAUUUGGGGAAAUCACAGGAGUCAGCACACCUGGGCAACAGACCAAUUUCAAUUCUUACCAUCCAAGCAAAUAUAAUUUUCAGUAUAUAUCAUCAUCAAAAAAGUAUUACUGUAGUAGCCAUUGGCUUUGACAAUGUUAAAAUAUACUCCAUUGUAUACAAUAUAAUAAGAGUAGAUUAUACAAUGAUGAAAUUAAAAUACAAUAUAAUUAUGUAAAACUUUUGAUACAAUACUGUAAAACCCAGUUUAAGCUGAAAUUAAAUUUUCAGUAUGCCAUGAUUUCUGGAAAGGCUGUUGUGUUUUUUAGCCAUUGUUCAGCCAGUCAGAGUAGGUGGAGUACUGUGGGCAUAUAUUGCCAUUUCUCAGGGGCAGUUUCUCCAUCCUAUACAGAUUGUCUCUGCCUUGAGUCAGUCGUGUUUUCCCGAUACAGCAGCAUGCCCUGUGCAUUUUAAAAGCCGCAGUGGUUUCUUAAUGAUGAAACGUUGGUAGGCUGACACGCUCGUGCCAGUGCAAGGUAACCUGUUUAACCUCUGAACUAUUACACCAAAGGCAAAGGGUCACAACAGUGUCCACUGUAGUUCUCAAGCCCCACGCUUUUUACUGGUUAUGUCACAAAGAUGUUCAGGGUGCCUCUGCAAAGGGCUUUCUUUGGGGAUCAUGGACACUAGCUGCACCUGACACCUGUAAUGCACACCCUCCAGGAUCUUCUUCAGCUCACUCUGAUCCCUCAGCUGUUUGAAUGAUGGGCAUGGCUAAUAGCACACUUUGUACUGUGCAAUGUCCACAUGAGACCAUCUCCUGAUGACACACCAUACCUGUCUAGGGGAAGGGCAGAUUAGAACUUCCAAUUUAGUGCUAAAGCAUCAGACUGGAAGUGAGUGUUGCUCCCAUGCAGAUGCACCUUAAUUGUAAUGUGGAUGUCAGUCUUGUUUAAACAUGUAGAUGGUCUGUGUUUUGAGGGUAGUUCUGAUCAGGCUCCUAAGUUGAGAGGUUAGGAAUUCUAUAAAGCCUUAAAAUCCACUUGAGCCAUGCAGCUCUCUAUAGCGAAGGGUAAAAGGUAACAAAGUGAUGGCAGCACCACAGGAAUCUUCAUACCGUCCACUUCCUCCACCUCAGAUUGCCACUCUUCUCAGUUUUCCUUUUUGUUGAAUGAUGCAUUAUCACAUUCCACCAGGAGAAACAAAAUUCAAGGGUUGAAUUAAAGUCUCUUAAGGCACAGGGCAUUUUUCCAACCAAAUAAUUGUCACUGAGACUUGACUGCAUGCCCUCGUGCUGAAAGGAGACCAGUUUUUUCCUUAUAUUAACGUUUUGCUUUACCUGCGGCAACAUGUUGGUUUCCAAUAACAUCUCAAAGGAAAUGAUAUGCAAACGAGCCUCCCUUCCCCUCCGCCCUGCAGUUCCUGCACUCUUUCCCCUUCUCAGGUGCCCCUUCCACAUGCUGAACUUGAGAGCCAAGCUAUGACAAAAUAUUAUGUUAAAAUUAUUUUCAAAGGAUGAUUUGUUUUGUACAUGUUGGAGUAUGUUUUUAACUUAUUUUUAUUAUCUUUUGAACUGCUUUUAAAGUGCUUUUUAAAAACACUUUCACUGUGACGUUCCUAUACCUGUGUCAAUCACCAGCCAUGUUCUCCAGCAUUGCCAGGCUUUGUCACCAGGACUCUUGGAAUCAAAUGACAUCUAUCUUUAUUAACGUUGCUUGCUUUGAUCAUGUAGUCCCUGCUUUCCCACUGCUGCAUAAGAAGCAUUAGGAACUGCAUGGACAAUUCAUACACAGGACCCGUUUCCCUUCCUUGAGUGUUUUUAUCUGUCAAGGAACAGAGUUCUGCUCUCUCUCACUAAAGCAACCCCCACAUUUUCAUCCCACUUGAGAUCUCAAAGCUCGCUCUUCUGACCAUCACUGAGAACAUCUCAACAAUUGUUUUCCAGUGGACUGAAUCUGUAAGGUCUGCAUGUUCGUUGCAGGAACUAAAAGCAAUGUUUAAUUUGAACCAAGCAACAUUUAAAGCUUUAUAUAUUUAUUUAUAGCUUCUUUUUUAAGAAGUGUUACUGAGAAGGAAGCGUGUCUCCUCCUCAACAACUACUAUGAAAAUGGACAAUGCAAAGUAAAGGGACAGUCACCUGAUUCUGUUUUUCUCUCUCUUUUUUUGUCAAG